AUGCAUUACAAAGAAGAAAUAAAUCCAUCUACAAGCAAGCCAAUCAUAAUUGAUGACUACAAUGCUACGAAGGGAGGCGUCGACACUUUUGAUAAAAUGAUGCAUAAUUACUCGACAGCCAGAGGCACCCGUCGCUGGCCUCUCAGGUUCUUCUUUGGGAUGUUAGAUCAGGCAGGCAUCAAUGCUAUGAUAUUGUACCUCAAGGCUAAAAAACCUAAUACACCAGCUAAGAAGUAUAGAAGUGGUUUCUUAAAAAAUAUGGCCUUGCAGUUGGCUAAGCCACAUACGAAAAGACGUUUACAAUCAAAUUUACCUCGCGAAUUGGCUAGCACUAUACGUGCUAUUCUUGACAUUCCAGAAGAAAUUCCUGAAGGCGAACCCCCUUCAAAAUUACAGAAGCAAGCCAGAUGUGUGUUGUGCCCACGUAAAAAGUAUAAAAAAGUCAAAAUUGUGUGCACAAAAUGCAAGAAGCCAGUAUGUCCUGAACAUAGAAGAGAAAUUUGUUUGAGCUGUGUUUAG